AUGACGGUUGUGUCGUCAGAGAACUUCAGGAGUUUAACAUGGGUUCUCCUAGAGCCUCACCUGCUGACUCCUGUCAGUCAGGAAGUUUGGAUCCCUGACAGGUGGAGGCUGGCACAAAGGUUAUUGUCGGCACACAUGUCCUACACAAAAGCUGAUGUAAGAUGUCACAGUGUCGAGACAGAGUCCGCCUCCCUUUGUUUUCCCCGUGAGCUCCAGUACGCGGUCCGCCCGGUAAAGAUUGAAUCCCGGGAGGAGAAGAGCGCUGUCCGGGAUGCGCGGAGUGAGCCAGGAUUCGGUAAAGCAGAGGGCGGCAGAUCUGCAGAAGUCCGAGUUAGUUCUGUUGAGGAGCAGCAGUUCAUCCAUUUUGUUGGCCAGAGAGCGGACAUUUGCCAGUCUGAAUCAGGGACUUGUUGUUCUGGGUCUGGGGUCUUUUCUCUCUCUCUGUUAUCUUCUAUCAUCUCUCCAGACUCUGUCAGGCUGGUGGACGGGACCAGUCUGUGCUCAGGCAGACUGGAGGUGAAGACUAACCAGUCUACCCAGACCUGGUCCUCAGUGUGUGAACAGGACUUUGACCAGCAGGAUGCAGAGGUGGUCUGCAGGGAGCUUGGCUGUGGGGCUCCUUCAGUCCUCCAAGGGGCGCUCUAUGGAGACAUGGAGCCUCCAAUGAGGACCAAAGAGUUCCAGUGUGGAGGCCAUGAGUCUGCUCUCCUGGACUGUAGAAGCUCAGGCUCAGAUAGAAACACCUGCUCACCUGGAAAAGCUGUUGGACUCACCUGCUCAGAGCCUGUCAGGUUGGUGGGGGGGGGCAGUCGCUGUGCAGGGACACUGGAGGUGAAACGUGACGGAGAAUGGAGACCAGCGAUUGGUUACUCUCCCUGGACCCUGAAGACAUCAUCUGCUGCAUUCUGCAGAGAGUUAGACUGUGGCUCUGCUGUCUCUGUAGGAGAGAGACAAGAGUCCUCAGACAGACCUGUGUGGUGGAUCAGGUCUGACUGUGCUGAGUCUGGAUCUGCUCUGAGGGAGUGUGCAGAAUCAUAUUCCUCUUCCUCCUUCCUUAAUCUCACCUGCUCAGACUCUGUCAGGCUGGUGGACGGGACCAGUCUGUGCUCAGGCAGACUGGAGGUGAAGACUAACCAGUCUACCCAGACCUGGUCCUCAGUGUGUGAACAGGACUUUGACCAGCAGGAUGCAGAGGUGGUCUGCAGGGAGCUUGGCUGUGGGGCUCCUUCAGUCCUCCAGGGGGCGCUCUAUGGAGACGUGGAGCCUCCAAUGAGGACCAAAGAGUUCCAGUGUGGAGGCCAUGAGUCUGCUCUCCUGGACUGUAGAAGCUCAGGCUCAGAUAGAAACACCUGCUCACCUGGAAAAGCUGUUGGACUCACCUGCUCAGAGUCUGUCAGGUUGGUGGGGGGGGGCAGUCGCUGUGCAGGGACACUGGAGGUGAAACAUAACGGAGAAUGGAGACCUGUGAUUGGUUACUCUCCCUGGACCCUGAAGACAUCAGCUGCUGCCUGCAGAGAGUUAGACUGUGGCUCUGCUGUUUCUGUAGAGAGAGAAGAGUCCUCAUACAGAUCUGUGUGGUGGAUCAGGUCUGGCUGUGUUGAGUCUGGAUCUGCUCUGAGGGAGUGUGCAGCAUCAGAUUCCUCUUCCUCCUUCCUUAAUCUCACCUGCUCAGACUUGCUCCUUCAGCCCAACAUCUCUGUGUCCUCCUCCGUGGUCGGGGUCUCCGAGGAGGACCAGCAGCAGGGGUUCCAGGUGUUCUGGGGCUCCAACUUCACCGUCAGCUGCUCCGUCCAGCCCCAGUACCCAGGAGGCUCCUUCCAGCUCAGCUUCACCUCCUCCACCUCAGCACACAACACCACCCAGCCAGCUGUCAAUCACUCUGCCCACUUCCUGUUUCCUGUUGCAGAGCCCGCCCACCAAGGAAACUACAGCUGUGUUUAUCAGCUCCAUGUUUUCUCUCAUAACUUCUCGUCUGAGAGCCGGGUGCUCUCCCUCAGCAUCAUGGAUCCGAGGCCUUUAAUCAUCAGAGCGACCGUCCUGCUGCUGGUUCUGCUGCUGGAGAACAUCGUUCUUUACUUCUACUGCAGGGUACGGACUCUCUCUCUCUCU